AGACAGAGGGAGGGAGGGAGAGAGAGAGAGUGAGAGAGAAAAUGUCGUGGCAAACGUAUGUGGACGAUCAUCUGAUGUGCGAGAUCGACGGUCAACAUCUGACCGCCGCUGCCAUCAUCGGGCACGACGGAAGCGUCUGGGCGCAGAGUGCGUCCUUUCCAAAGCUUACACCCCAAGAAAUAACUGGUAUUAUGAAUGACUUUGCUGAACCGGGAUCGCUUGCACCCACUGGCUUGUACCUUGGAUCCGCAAAGUAUAUGGUGAUCCAAGGGGAACCCACCGUUGUUAUUCGAGGAAAGAAGGGUUCUGGUGGUGUUACUAUCAAGAAAACCAAUCAGGCUUUGAUCUUCGGCAUCUACGAAGAGCCGAUGGCUCCCGGCCAGUGCAACAUGGUUGUGGAGAGGCUUGGCGAUUAUCUCAUUGAUCAGGGCCUUUAGCUUGGGUAUGCUUCUUUUUGAUGUUUUGUUCUUCAUUUAAAUUUCCUUCUUUGGGCUGUAAUCCUUGACAGGAGCUUUCGUCUCUACAUGGUAUUGGAAUGGUUGCGGUGAAUAAUAUGUAUUUUUGCGGUCAUAGGAGAGCAAACUUGUGUGGGGAAAGCUAUUUGGGUGCUA